AUGGCGCAGAUUGCAGUGUGUGAACGAGUUAAAAUAAACCAGAUGUUGACCAAGAAUCUCGUUCUUGACUUCAGUCUCGUUAUAAGAUUCAGAUGGAACACCCAAUUUAAGAAUUCAAGCAAUUUAUUUUUUGGGGUAGUCCCAAGGAGAAAACAAUGCAACAUGGCAUUUAUGUUGUGUUGGCGCAACCUAUGCGGCAAGUGGGAUGCAACGAAUGGGAACUCUUCUGCUAAUGUUACAUUCCAAAAUCCCAUCGACGAGGUUGUUCCUCAUCUGUUGAUUAUAAAAUGUGCCUGGAUGUGUGAAACUUCAGUUGCACUUCCAUGCGUUGGAUUCAACUUCAGAUGGAACAAAACAAACUCCACUGAAAAUGUUCUUUGUCAGUUCUUCUCCUACACUCCUCAACUCUAUCUCUCCGAGGAUCUCUGCGUCUUUUAUGGGGUUAUGCAGCGUCGCAUGGAUGGCUCGGAGAACUUUUACAGAAACUGGACUGAUUAUGAAAGAGGAUUUGGCGACUCGAGGAAAGAAUUUUGGAUCGGAAACGACAACAUCCACCGCAUAACGUCCAACCAAAAGUACAAAGUUUUGUUCGUGUUGGAGGAUUUCGAAGGGAAGGUGGCGUGUGCAGCUUAUGAUUCAUUCAGUGUUGGCUCGCCAGAUACUUACUACGUUCUGAACAUCGGAAAAUACAGUGGAACAGCUGGCGACUCCAUGGCCAACCACUCAUUCACCACAUACGACAGCGAUCACGAUACCUACGGAUACAACUGUGCGCAGGUCUACCAAGGUGCGUGGUGGUAUUACGCUUGCUGGACAGCCUGUCUCAACGGUCGCUACUUCAAAGCAGGACAAUCUUCCAAUGCUAACGGUGUUAACUGGCAAACAUUCCGUAGCUAUUAUUCUUCUCUCAAGUUUACUGAGAUGAGAGUUGAGUCAGUCUAA